AUGGUCGCAUUCUCCAAACUCGCUUUGCCAACUGUCUUCAUUGUUGGUGCUUACGCUCAGAAUGCUACAAAUACCACCACACCAAACCUGGUUCCAGAUGUAUUGCUUGCCAACGGCUUGACCACCAUCGCCUCAUUGAAGAGUUCCAACCCAAACUGGAGCUCAAAGAACUUGACUCUCUUUGCUCCUACUAAUGCUGCCGUCACUGCUGCUUAUGGAGCUACUCCAGUCGGCAACGUCGCAGCUCCCCAAGGCUUCUCCGAAUAUGAUGUGGUCAUCGACACAGCCGCUACUUCGUCCAACUACUACGUUUUGUCUGCCGCCAACCCGCCAAUAGUCUGGUACAAUGUAUCCGGCACCAUAUAUGCCAGAUGGGGAACUGGCCAAUCUAUCGCAGCUCCUUUCCUUGCUGACAAUGGUAUCGUUUACGCUCUGAACUCUGUCGUUGACAAGCCACAAAACAUUUCAACCAUGCUUGCUGCCAAUGCCGGUGCUGGCACAAACAGUGGAUUGUCUACUCAAUCUUUCCUGUCUGCUCUGUCUGCCGCUGGAAUGACUGGAAGCAGUGCUACCGGCUCUUUGGAUCUGUUGGGAAGCACCACCGUAUUCGCACCUUCUGAUGCCGCUAUGGCCAAAUAUGCCAACUUCUUCUCCACAUUGACUGUUGACCAAAUACGAUACGUACUCCAAUACCACGUCGUCCCAACCAACGUACAAUACUCCACCAGUUUGAAAUCCUCAAACUUCUUCCCAUCAUUGGCUGGAGGAUCUGUCAUCACUGCCACCGCAAACAAUGUCACAGUCCACGUCAACAACGCAACCAUUGUAUUGGCUGACUGUUUCCACAGUAACGGUGUCGUACACGUCAUCAACGAAGUCUUGAUUCCUAACAACAUCCCCGGAAUGACCACCGCUACUCCAACUGCCUCUGCUAAAACCAGUCCAACUGCCGCUGCUGGCUCCACAACUGCCUUGUUGGGAUCUUCAUCUGGUGUUGGAAAAGUCGCUGUUAGUGCCUUUGGAUUGGUAUCUGCCUUGUUGUUGGCUGUAUUGGUACUUUAA